UGGCAACGGGAACCUGCCCGAGGCGGUCAAGAAAUAUUCGUCUGAUUGAGCACGUGGACUCGCAGCCUGGAAUGCCUGCGUCGCUUGAGCUGCAGGUUCAGCCUUGCAGUUGUAAACAAUGGACCAGCAUGCAGAGGGCAGGUGGGGCUGCCUCGACACACGCAGGCAAUUCGGGGCGGUGGGAGGGUUAGGGUUUCUCCGAAACUUCGCUGCCUUCUUCUACACGGCAUUGGAAGUUGCCGUUUUUGGAUCAUUGGCAAACACGUCGAAUCGGCUUGCCACUUUUCCGCAGUAGACAAACAGUUUCACAAGUCGCGCCGGAUACGCUGGUUCCCAUG